ACUAAGGUACGACCUUUAUCCUGACACUUGCCAUCGUUGAAGCAUCCUAAGCGUAACAACGUGUGUUUGUUCUCUCAACGUGUCCGCUCUGCUCUGACUCCGAACAUCAACCGAAUACCUUUCGUCCCACCGCACACACUUCGCUACCGUUGCUCCAAUUUUCGCAUCGUCCACGCACGAGAUUCUUUGAGCAAUGAUGAACAAUCGGAACUCGAGUCUGUUGAUGCUUCUCCUGAUCAUCGGCAUCGUCGUUGCUUCCGAGAGUUAUCUCGACUACGGAGAUGAAGCGACUGACAGAAACUUGGAGAAUCUACGAGAAUUUUACAAAGUUUUGUUGAGACGCAAUUCCGUGGAAAAUAUGCCGCCGAUGGUCGGCUCACCGUACGAGCAUCUCAUGAUCCGAAAAUCUCAGCGAUCACCGUCGCUACGACUACGAUUUGGUCGUUCAGGACCCGCGAUGACGAGUGGAAUUCUCACGAGACCGGUCAACGGUCAAUCAACUUUCGACGAUAAUUAAUAACUGCGACCCUCAAAAAAUUAAUCUUUUUCGUACCCGGAUUAUGGCUUCCUUUCUAUAUAUAUAUGGUGUAUAUUGUAUCCAAAGAUAAACGGUCGUUCAAUCAUCGUCAAUGUUUUUGACAGAGCCCCAAAAAUUAUCUACGCUGUCUAAAUGAAAGAAAAAUAAUGAAAGAAAUACGCCGCUUCGUUUUUGCGUCACUCGAACUUCAAAUUAAUAAAGAUAAUGUUAAAUUUUAGAUUAUAUAAUAUGCAGCCCAUCAGGCCUAAGUGUUUUUUAUUUUGUCAUCUGGUAAAUCGAUUUUUCAAAUUACACCUAGUAGCUGUCAUUUGAAGCAACAUGCCCCAUGGAAUAUUUUUUAUAAUUCUCCUUUCAGCGUCCCCUUAUUAUUGCGAUUCAAAAUUGUUAACGCUGUUGAGACGCCAUGCCGAUACUUUAAGAACUUUCAAUCUGAAUGAUUUUUAAAAUAAAUGUGCCAAAUAUGUUACGAUCGUCCUGCAUGUACGAUAA